AUGGAGAGCGGGUGGCCGUUGACCCUGGAGUGUGAAGGUUAAAAUCGGGGGGGGGGGUGUUACUCUCACCCCUCCCUCUCACUUUAGAGCAUGGAGGAAACUAUAUAUAUAGUUCUUAAUAUGGGGAGAGCCUUAAAAUUGCUGGAUCUUCUAUUAAACUGGAGGGGGAUGAGCAGUUUUUUUGAUCCCCUUGCCACCCCCCUCCAUUUGCCUAUGGAAGAAGAGUUGCAAGUGUGCUUUUGGCAUGGGGGGGCCGGCGAGCGUCAGACCAACGGCCCUCAGCUCUGCGUCCCCUUUAAAAACAAAAAAAAAACCACACACACGAGGGCAGCCAUUUAAUCGACCGCUUUCAUCUCUUCCACGGGCCCCCGCACACCUAAAAAAAAUUAAAAUAAAUACAUUGGGAUCUGCUGUGGGGGGGGGGGAAGAGUGUGUGUAUUUUUCUUAAAGGGGAAGAAAAAGCUUGCGCGCCCUGCUAGAGACCCUAUUCUGGGGAGAUAGCCCUUUUAAAUCACAAUGCUGAAAAAUCCGAGUUUCUCCCCUCUCUCUUCUUAAGUAUUUGGGAGCUGGCGAGAGGAGGGGGCGGCGGACGAGAGGGACGGAGCCUCGUGGGCAGAGCCAGCCACCCAAACUCCUUCCUUCCCUCCCCACCCCGUUCAUUAUUAUUUUUUUAAUUAUUUUUUUUUUCAAAGUUGUGCAGCUGGUCGUAAUGGUGGUUGAUGCGGCGGAAGGAUACGUCGGGGAAGGCAGGCCUUGACGCGUGUGUGUGUGUGUGUGGAUGCGUGUGUAAGCACAGGAGGAGAAGGGGGCGCCCGUCCGCCUUUGCCUGCCCCAGCGAGCGAGCGAGCGAGCCGCGGGGGAGGGAGGGAGGGGGGGCAGAGAAACAGAAACCCACGGAGAGAGAGAGAAGCGAAGCGAAAAGCCUCUUGCAACGAUGAGCCAGCGGAUCAAACCCUAAAAAGAAGGGGGGAGCCGGAGGAAAGAAAGAAAGAGGAAAAAAGGAGGGGAGAGGAAAAGAGAGAGAGAGAGAGAAAAGGGGGGAGGAAAAAAAGAGAGGAAAGAAAAGAGGGGAGGGGGGAAAAACCCAGGAGAGACACUUUUACUUUCCUUCCCACCCCCCCUUCCCUCCCUCCUUCCCUCCUUCCUUCCUUCCCUCCCCCGCGGCCGCCGGGAAGCGAGUGGAACGUCGGCGAGGGCACAUCAAAGGGGAUCGAACGCUCGCACAUCCGAUCGAACGCUCGGCACAUCCGAUCGAACGUUCGGCGCGGGCCAAACAUCCGAUCGAACGCUCGGCGCGGCCAAUCCGGGCGCCGGGACGGGGCGCGCGCGGAACCCCGAACCUUCCCGUCCUCUCUCCUCCUUUUAAUCUCUUUCCCCUUCCUUCCUUCCUUCCCUCCCUCUCUCUCUUUUUUAAAAUUCCUUUCCUUGCUCCCUUCCCUGUUUUGCUUAUUUUUUUGCUACAUUGUAGCCCUUCGCCUCUCUGUAUCUCUUUUUUUAAAAAUUAUUAUUACAUUGUUAUUUAAAAAAAAAAGAGGUGGGGAGGGAGGGGGGGUUUGGGAACGCCGCCUCCGCCAAGCCUUGCCACAGCCGCCGCCGGGAGAACAAUAGGAAGGUUUAGGAGACGGACCGGGGCGCGCGCACCCCGGCUGCGCCCCGGGGAUCAACGCGAGCCAGCCGUGGAUGUGACGCGGACGCCCCCCACCCGCACCCGCGCCCCCCAUAUUUCGCCACAAACUGAGCAGGUAAGCUGGAGGAACGGGGGGAGGGGGGGAAAGGGCUGCUACUUUUAAUUUUUUUGGGGGGGGAAUGUUCACUUUUGACUCCUCCCCCUCCUCCUCGGAACUAUUUUGUGUGGGGCGGCGGGUGAGGGGGGGCGCGCUCAGGUCAGACUUAAAGACCCCACCGUGGUGGAAACUUAACUUGGCCGUUUCUGCGAGACUUUCCUCGGGGGGCCCCCCCUCUCCCCACCCCACCGCCACCCCGCAUCCCUAUCGCCACCCCCCCUGCAAUUUAUUUAUUUAUUAUUUUUAAAAAUGGUGAGGGAUUCCUUCUCCCUCUCUUGCCCUUUCUUUCUCUCUCUCUCUCUCUCUCCUCUCCCCCCCCCGGAAGUGGUGUUAAACUUUAUGGGGCGGGAAGUUAGUGGAAGCAAGGAAAAGGGGGGGGGAGAGAGAGGGUCUCCCUAACUUCUUUCCACCUCCCAGUUAAAUGUUCUUUUUGGGGGGCGGGCUGCUACUGCUACUGUAUCUAGAACUAUUUGAAAGUUCUGUUUUUUGUGUGUGAGGGGCGGUCCAGCCUCCCCAUUUUCCUGCCUCGUGGACUUAUGGAAUACAGUCAGGCCACAUUGUGCUUGUUGGCUCUGUCUGUGUGUUGUUGUUGUUGUCUUAUAUUUUUUUGAACCGGUUACACUAGCAGCUUUUGAAUUCCAGGAGUUUAUUUUUCCUUGAGGUGUAUGUGGGGGGGGGACACCCCGAAUUUCACACCCAAUUCACCCCAUUAACAACCACCUACGGUAUAUUGAACUGUAUCAGAUUAUAUCAAACUGUACAAUUGUACAGUACCCUGACUGCAAACUUUUCCCCACAAAUUUACCUGUGCGAAAAGAGGGUUUCGAUGGGGAGGUGUGGGGCAACCCCAGAGUUGUUCCCAGAGGUGGUCUUGAUCCCGAGUUCGUCUCCCAGAGAGUUUUUUUAACAGUCCCUUUGAAUAGACACUUCUGCCUAUCCGGACUUUCUGCUAGUGGCUGGUGCCUCUGAGAAAGUAAUGUAUACAGUUACAUCAUAAUCUCUCCCGUUUUAAUCCCCCAUUUUUUAUUCCUCUUGCUCGACGUCCCAUAAUUUCGGCCGGCCACUGUGCACCAUCCCACGCCUGCCCGCUGACCCUGAAAGAUCCAGUAAAUAAGAAUUAGGAAUGGCUUGAGUUUUGUGUUUUUCCAGGUAGGCCUCUACCACAUGGGCAGAUUAUUCCUCUUUUACAGGUUCCCAGUCUCCACCUUCUCACAAGCCAGCCUUUCCCAGACAGGCUCCCCAAAUUUAAUGUCCCUUUUUCCACCACGGAUUUUAUUCUCUGCCUUCCCCCCACACCCCACAACUCCCCUUAUUGUUAGCAAAAUGAAGCCAUAGAACGUAUCACUCUUUUGGCACAAAACAACCCUUAAUUUCACGAAGGAGCUCCCCGAAUAAGGCUGAGUUUUUGGACAAAAAGAAAUGACUUCAGGGAAGUUUGGGCCAUUGGUGGUUUUCUUAAAAGGCCCCUUGAUGUUUUUUUUGGUUUUUUGCACGUGUUUGCUUGUCUGAAACAAUUGUCUCGGGUUGAUUUGGCCUGUUUGUGGACAUCAGUUUGCCUUCCUCUGUCUCCUCCCCCUUCCCAAACACACAUACACAAACACACACACCACCAUCCUAAGUUUUGUCUGAAGUCCCAUUGUGUGUGCAAAUUUCCCGUCCCUCCUGCUAGUCUGUGUCUUAACCAGGGAAUCCAAAACUCUUCCAAAAAUUCAUUUUAUUCUGCCUUGUCUAUGCAGACAACCUGGAAGCUUGUUUUGCACAAGUUGCUGUCGGAAGAUAUAUUUAUAUUUCUGUGUGCAUGAGGAAUUACGAGGACUUAAUAUUAAUGGAGUCGCCGUUUCCCCCAGGCCCACACUCCCAGGUUUUAAACGUGGAAAGACAUAUUUAUGGUAUUUCUGUAUACGUGCUGAUCUUUCGGACACCAGCAAGGUUUGCGCCGUAAGACCAGAUCCUCCGAUUUAGCAACACUGUUUGUGUGUAGCUUGCAAAAAUAGGAUAGAUCGCAUUUGUCUCUGUGGGCUGAACUGUAAUACCAUAAUGGUGGCACUUGCAAUUAUUUUGAAUUUUUAUUUUGGAGUGGUCCAAGGCAGCAGCUGUUUGCAUGCAAAAGAGAUGUCUGGCCUGCUGAAUUAAACUCAUUGGGGGGGGGAAGGUCUGCCUGUCUGUCUGUGGAUUCCCCCCCCCCCCAGUAAAAAGCUCUCUCUGUGUGUGAAUGGCAGCUGCAGGGAGCUUUGUGUGUGCCUCUGCAAACUUUUCUUGCGAGUGCACACGAGGCCGGACCUGCCCCCUUCUUCUGCUUUGUGUGCGAUGCCUUCCCCUCUCUCUCCCCCCACCCCCUCGCCCCCACCCCAUUUUUUCCCAGAGUGUGUGUUAAAUUGCACUGGGGGGGGGGGGUCAAACGCUUCGAUUGCGCUCCAAAGUAUUGUCAACCCUGCCUGCUGGGAUUUUUAAAAAAUAUAUUAUUACAAAGUGGGUGCUGUGGGAAUUGGUUUUGGAGGACAAGAAAGGGGGGGGGAGAGAAGAGAGAGAGAUGGAGGAAGGGAGAAGGGGGAGGGAUGCAGUCGAAAAAGGAGGAGGGUUGGGUGAGACUGGCUAGAAACUCUUUGUCCUAAACUCAUAAAACUCUCAGCCCUGGCAGGAGAAGGCUCAGGAACUGAGUCCGGUUGAAGUGCAAUAGGGGAGGGAGUUUUUUUCUUUGGGGGGGGCGGCGCACCGGGAAGGUAGAAAUCCCCCUUUUAAUUCCACAAUAUUUUUGUGUGCGGAGGCGUGGCCUUUCCGUAUACCGAAUUUUUUAAUUUUUAUUUUUUACGGAGGCAGGUGCAGAGCAGAAUCGGGCCUUGCCUGUGUCGUCGUCCCCCCAUAUUUUUUGCCCUUGGGUCUUGAUCUGUCCUUGCCCUUUUUCACAUGGGGGGGUGGGGUUUGCAGAGAGCGAAGGGGCAGGCCUGGGAACACCCCCCCAAGGCCUGGGACCCCCGGUCUCCUUCCCAGACCAGCGAGAACCCCGGUAUCCCACACAUUUCCAGCAACGCCUUAGGGUGGCAAGACGCAUAAGCUGUUUUGGGGGUUCUGCCCACUGGGUGGAGGAAUGUAUGUGUGGGAUAAAUCCUCCCCACAGCUUAACCCCCCUCCCAAACCAUCCCAGAAUGCAAGGAAGCAGUCAAUAUUGACAUUACGUUUUUCGCCCAUGCAACAAUAUCCAUAUCUGUAGAAACAUUCGGUGGGGAAGCGAAAUUCUCUGUGGGUGGCACGGGUCCCUGUGUCCUGACUGACCCCCCCCAAGGGCGUGUGGUUUGAUACAUAUUUACCUUGCUUCUCUCCCCCCCCCCCUCACAUUGCCACCUGCUAGUAAAUUUGUGUUCCCAGCCCAGGAACACACACAGGUCUCCGGAUCCGCAAAGAAUAUAUCGCUUUUGAGCACAGAUUUUUUAAAAAUACACAUUAUUUUUUUGCCCCCUCCCCAAUCCCCAGUUGGCUUCUCAGUUUUAAAUGCGGCGUGAGGAAGGCCGGCGUAAAAAAAAAGGUAAAAAUUGCCGGGUGUUUUUGGAGAUACCCCUUCUAAAUUCUUAAACAUGAUGUAAAAUAGAAGCCGGGUUGUGUUUGGGGGACGACGACACACACACAAUCUAAAUAGCAGGUUUGUUUGUUUGUCUUUUUAACAAAUGAUGGCUGGUUUGGAUGGGUUUGCAUACUCAGAAGUAAGGCCUCCGCAUUUAACAAGGCUUAAUCCUGCACCAAGUAAACAGGGGAGAUGUUGUGUUGUUGCGCUGCAGUCCGGAGCCUGCUUACAUGGGAGUAAGCCCUCACUGGACCCAGUGGGAUUUCCCACGGAGUAAACAUGCAUUUGAUUCUUCCACUCUUCAAAUGUCUGUUUGAUGUGGACUAGCGGCUUUGCAAGUAGGGACGCGGGUGACACUGUGGGUUAAACCACAGAGCCUAGGGCUUGCCAAUCAGAAGGUCGGCGGUUCGAAUCCCCGCAAUGACGGGGUGAGCUCCCAUUGCUCGGUCCCUGCUCCUGCCCACCUAGCAGUUCGAAAGCACGUCAAAGUGCAAGUAGAUAAAUAGGUACCACUCCGGCGGGAAGGUAAACGGCAUUUCCGUGCGCUGCUCUGGUUCGCCAGAAGCGGCUCAGUCCUGCUGGCCAUAUGACCCGGAAGCUGGACGCCGGCUCCCUCGGCCAGUAAAGCGAGAUGAGCGCCGCAACCCCAGAGUCGGCCAUGACUGGACCUAACGGUCAGGGGUCCCUUUACUCAUCUUCAUCAUUAUUACAUUUAUCUCCCACCUUUUUACCAAGGCUCACGACAACCCUGUGAGGUAGGUUAGCCUGAGAGAUGUUGGCCGAGACAAGGUCUCCUCAUCAGCUUUGGGGCGGAGGGUGGAUUCGAAUCCUGCUCUCCCAGGUCCGUAGUCCCGCACUCUAACCACUGCACCACACGAAGAAUAAAUUGACUUUGCACUUUGCAGCAACCGAGCACAUUUGGGGAGGCCAGAGUAGAAACCGACAGCUAUCUCAUUUUAGUGUGGCCAUUGUGGUCAAGAGGAAAUAUACUUCCUUCCAAAACAAAUGAAAAGUAAAUACCGUAUUUUUCGCUCUAUAAGACGCACCUAGUUUUUGGAGGAGGAAAACGAGAAAAAAAAUAUUCUGAAUCUCAGAAGCCAGAACAGCAAGUGGGAUCGCUGCGCAGUGAAAGCAGCAAUCCCUCUUGCUGUUCUGGCUUCUGGGAUAGCUGCGCAGCCUGCAUUCGCUCCAUAAGACGCACACACAUUUCCCCUUACUUUUUAGGAGGGAAAAAGUGAGUCUUAUAGAGCAAAAAAUACGGUAAAUCUGGAGAUCUGGUUCUGUUGCUGUAAUUCUCUGAGAUUUGAGCCAGUCCUCUCCUGUGUGUGUAUCCAGCAAUGUUUGUGGGCAGAAGAGCACGUGCAAAGUACAAUUUCCUUGCAACGCCACCCCGGCCUUUCUCAGAAACAAGCAUAUCGCUCCAUGCAUUAUUAUAUUUGCAUUAAAUGGACGUCUAAUGGCAGGGAGUUCCGCCGGUUUCGUUCUGUGUCUGUUUCCUUUUGUCCGUUGCGUGACCCUGAGUUUCGUGGUGUUUCUCGAACCCGCAGCUGCAGGGCAACGUUGGGCAAAAGCUUCCUGCGUUGCCAAGGGGUUGGACUAAAUCAGGGGUCAGCAAACUUUUUCAGCAGGGGGCUGGUCCACUGUCCCUCAAACAUUGUGGGGGGCCAGACUAUAUUUUGAAAAAAUAAUAAUGAGCAAAUUCCUGUGCCCCACAAAUAACCCAGAGAUGCCUUUUAAAUCAAAGGACACAUUCUACUCAUGUAAAAACACGCUGAUUCCCGGACCGUCCGCGGGCCGGAUUGAGAAGGUGAUUGGGCUGGAUCCGGCCCCCUGGCCUUACGUUGCCUACCCAUGGACUAAAUGACCGCAAUUCCAUUUUUAUUUUCUCGUACCGACCCUUGAAACUGGUGGAUCUGUGACCCUUAACCGCGGGUGCAUUAUGGACCAAAGGAGCGUAGGAUAAAAAAAAACCUGGAUUGCAGCUUUGGAGGGUCGGAUCCAGAAAUUGCAGGAGCAGCUUCUGUGCUGGGGGGGAAAAGCUGCUGUUGUUGGGCUGGUGGCUUCGAGAUAUUUCUGGACUCCUGUCUUUUGGCUAUGCUGGCUGUGGUUGAGGAAAUCCUUCAACGUCUGAAGGGAUACAGGUUUCAUAAGAACCGAGAACCUGUGAGUUGAAAGGGAACUCCAAAGGAUAUCUGUCCCAGCCCGCCGCAAUGCCAGGGGUCUCAAGACACGGUCUCCCAUCCAAUUCCAAACCAUGCCGGGCCCUGUUGAGCUUUGCAAAGGUGCCAGCCGUUUUAUCGCUGAAUGGACCCGUCCUUUCUCGUAACAAGAGAAGAGACAUUCUCUUCCCUGGGGGAAUUUCAGGCCAGGGUCAUUCUCAGCCCCACCUAGAGCUGCUUGUGGGGGGUGUCAGAACCUGGGACCUUAAGUGUUCAAAGUAGGUACUCAUGACGCUCUUUCCUGAAAUUAAACAAGGUUUUAGUCCUCAGGGUUUCCGAAGUGAAAACUGCUUUAAACUGAAUCAGAUCCUUGCUCAGUGCUGUCUUAGCCAAUUCUGUCUACACCGUAUAACACCGCUCCUGAAAGACCUACAUUGGCUCCCAGGACGUUUCCGAGAACCAUUCAAACAUGGGUAGGCAAACUAAGGCCCGGGGGCCAGAAAUGGUCCAAUCGCCUUCUAAAUCUGGCCCACAGACGGUCCAGGAAUCAGUGUGUUUUUACAUGAGUAGAAUGUGUGUUUUUAUUUAGAACGCAUCUCUGGGUUAUUUGUGGGGCAUAGGAAUUCGUUCAUUUUUAUUUCCAAAAUAUAGUCUGGCCCCCCAAAAGGUCUGAGGGGCAGUGGACCGGCCCCCUGCUGAAAAAGUUUGCUGACUCCUGAUUCAAAGUGUUGGUGCUGACCUUGAAAGCCCUAAAUGGCCCAGUAUACCUGAAGGAGCGUCUCCACCCCUAUCGUUCAGCCCGGACACCGGGGUCCAUCUCUCGGGGGCCUUCUGGUGGUUCCCUCCCUGCGAGAAGCGAGGUUACAGGGAACCAGGCAGAGGGCCUUCUCGGUGGUGGCGCCCGCCCUGUGGAACACCCUCCCAUCAGAUGCCAAGGAAAUAAACAACUAUCUGACUUUUAGAAGACAUCUGCAGGCAGCCCUGUUUAGGGAAGCUUUUUAACGUUUGAAGUUUUAUUCUGUUUUUCUAUGUAAUGGAAGCCGCCCAAAGUGGCUGGCGGGAAAAUCAGAGAGCCAGUAUGGUUUAGGGCUUAGAGUGACUUACUGGGAACUGAGAGACCCGGGUUCAAAUCUCCCCCUGGCCCUGAAGCUCACCGGGUGUGACUUUGGGCCAGUCGCUGUCUCUCCACCUGACCUAGUGAGGUUACAGGGAACCAGGCAGAGGGCCUUCUUGGUGGUGGCGCCCUCCCGCCAGAUGUCAAGGAAAUAAGCAGCUACUUGACUUUUAGAAGACAUCUGAAGGCAGCCCUGUUUAGGGAAGCUCUUAAUGUUUGAUGUUUUAUCGUGUUUUUGAUCUUCUGUUGGGAGCCGCCCAGAGUGGCUGGGGAAACCCAGCCAGAUGGGUAGGAUAUAAAUAAUAAAUUAUUAUUAUUAUUAUUUAUUACACUGACCAGCAGCAGUUCUCCAGGGUCUCGGGUGCGAGUCUUCCCUCCCCCCAACCCCAACUGCCCUACAUGGAGAUGGUGAUAAUUGAAUUUGGGACUGCCUACGUUUGGAGCCACUGAGUUACGCUCAUUCCCCAAGUUUUGGGACUACAAUUCCCAUCAUCCCUGACCACUGGUCCUGUUAGCUAGGGAUGAUAGGAGUUGUAGUCCCAAAACAUCUGGAGGGCCAAGUUUGGGGGUGCCUGCAAUAGGGUAUUGGGCUGUGGCCAACUCAUUUCUCCUCUUGAGUAAGGAAAGCAAGGGAGCCAUACCUUUCUUUCUCUAAUGGGUCUAUUCUGAGCUGGACCAGCUCUGGAUAACAACCAAUUAUCGGAGUUUUAAGGGCUCAUUCCGGCUGGACGUAAGUGUUCCAGGGAAGAUAUAUUUAUAAUAUUCCUGUGUGGGGUGGUGGUCUUACUGACACCGGUAAGGUUUGCACGGUAUUAAAGGAUUAUCUGAUUCUGUAGUUGUGUGUAGGUUUUCUCGUGCAAAUAUGUGUAAAAGGAACAAGCCCUACAUCAUAGCUGUCAAUUUACAGGUUUGAAAAUAAGGGACCAGCAGCCUCGAAAAUAAGGGAUCAACAGCCAAAAUAAGGGAUCAACAAUUACUUUGAUAAAAUACAUAUUUUGUUGCGUGCAAAUGGCUUUAGAUACCUAUUAGGUCCAUAAAUUACCAUGUAGCAUAUAUUCAACACAAAAAAGCAACUAUUUGUUGUUGACAAAGGACAGCUGGACAUAGAAAGGGCCCCAUUACCUUCAGUAGCUUAUUUAAGGGACAUCAUCAAUAAGGGACAGCAGCGGGACAUGGCGCUGGGAUAAGGGACUGUCCCACCAAAUAAGGGACUCUUGACAGCUAUGCCCUACAUCCACUAAACUUUGGAGACGGAGGUUAAUUGGGAGAAGGGAAGUUGUGGGGAGAAGCCACUCGCUCUCAGAGUCCAUGCAAUACUUUGCGGCCUGUUCCUGCCACGCUGAAGUGUGCAGUACACAAUUGCCAAAUGCAUGUGUGUGUCAGAAAAGCAGCCGGUUGGUUAUACCCAGGGGUGCACCCUGGUGAUUCUUUCCCCCCCAUCCACUAAGCUUUGGAGACGGAGGUUAAUUGGGAGAAGGGAAGUGAUGGGGGGUAGCCACUUGCUCUCAGAGUCCAUGCAAUGCUUUGCGGCUUGUUCCAUCCACACUGAAGCUUGCAAGCUGCAGGCACAGUCCUCUUAAUAAUAAUAAUAAAUUUUAUUUAUAUCCCGCCCUCCCCAGCCGGAGCCGAGCUCAGGGCAGCUAACAACAAUAAAAUAGUGCAACAUUCUAAAAUCAUUUCAUUAUAAAAUUAAUUCAAAUCAAAUUGAUGGCAACCAUUGGGCUAGAGUUCUGUGAAGACUGCCAAAGGGAGGGAGUCAGGCUGUGCCCUGACCAAAGGCCUGGUGGAACAGCUCUGUCUUGCAGGCCCUGCAGAAAGAUGUCAAGUCCCGCAGGGCCCUGGUCUCUUGUGACAGAGCAUUCCACCAGAUCGGGGCCACAGCCGAAAAGGCCCUGGCUCUGGUUGAGGCCAGACUAACCUCUCUGUGGCCUGGGACCUUCAAGAUGUUUUUGUUUGAAGACCGUAAGUUCCUCUGUGGGACAUACUUACUACCUUUAUUGUCGUUGUUAAAGACCCUCUUGCUCACCUAGAGAUUCGAGCCCACCUGGCGGUCCGACAACCCUAGAAGCCAGAGCAGGGGGUCUCCAACGUUGUGCCAUCAGUGGCCUUUUCCCAGUGUCCGUGCCAGCAUUGGAGAUCUGCAAGGUGUAUUUUUCUCUGGGCGACCCCUUCCACGGCGUUCAAAAUUUGCCAGGCGCAUUUUGCACCUUGCUUUCGGCCGCUUGCGACCGUGUGAAGACGCCUGGGUGCCAGGAUGACGUCUGACGUCUCUGCCAUCAAGGGAUCCUUGGAUCUGGACACUUAAGACCCCACCCCAUAGAAUCCUAUCCACAAUAUUUUAUCUGCACCAUUGGAAUGGAACGGCCUUGGUCCAGUAGACCUGAAGGAGCGUCUCCACCUCCAUCGUUCAGCCCGGACACCGGGGUCCCUCUCCGAGGGCCUUCUGGCGGUUCCCUGACUGCAAGAAGAGAAGUUACAGGGAACCAGGCAGAGGGCCUUCUCGGUGGUGGCACCCGCCCUGUGGAACGUCCUGCCACCAGAUGUCAAAGAGAAAAAUAACAACCAAAGUUUUAGAAGACAUCUGAAGGCAGCCCUGUUUAGGGAAGCUUUUAAUGUUUAAUAGGUUGUUGUAUUUUAGUGUUUUGUUGGAAGCUGCCCAGAGUGGCUGGGGAAGCCCAGUCAGACGGGCGGGGUAUAAUAAAUUAUUAUUAUUAUUAUUAUUAUUAUUAUUAUUUAAUGAAUUUCAGAGACCAAAAUUCUACUUUUGUGCAGCCUGAGCUGGAGCAGCGAACGACAUUAUAGUGAAUUCUUGUCGCUUGUCUUUGCUUCCCAAUGUUCACCAUUGGGAAGAAUAUUCCCACGUUAUGAAUGGUCCGUGUCCCCAUUCAAAAAAAGAGGUCGGAAGAGGCCAAUAUAUACCCGUACUGUCCUUGGAUCAAGGGACUUUCCUCCUUUUAAGUUCCCAGACCUCUUAGCCCAGUUCAAGGUUGUCCUCCGAACUCCCAGCCAGAUGUGCAGCUGAGAAUCCGUCCCAGCCAGCCCAUCCUUUGCAAAAUAGGAGUUUAGAACCAUCUUAGAUUCCAUUUUGGCAACCGCAACCCUGGUUUAAGGAGCCGUUUAGCGUCAAGCUUACUGUAUUUUUUGCUCUAUAAGACUGACUUUUUCCCUCCUAAAAAGAAAGGGGAAAUGUGUGUGCGUCUUAUGGAGCGAAUGCAGGCUGCGCAGCUAUCCCAGAAGCCAGAACAGCAAGAGGGAUUGCUGCUUUCGCUGCGCAGCGAUCCCUCUUGCUGUUCUGGCUUCUGAGAUUCAGAAUAUUUUUUCCUUAUUUUCCUCCUCCAAAAACUUGGUGCGUCUUGUGGUCUCGUGCGUCUUAUAGAGCGGAAAAUACAGUAUCUGGGUUUCUAACACUCUCACAAAUGCACAAACUUGAGAAAAGCAAUCUGCUGUCCUCAAAAGAAUAAGCUUUGUGCGUGGUUAUGUGAAGGUUUGUGGGGUGGUUCUCCCCCCCAGUUCUCAUGCCCAUUUGGGGGGGAAAUGGAGGGGGGAAACUGGGUCUACCCCUUCUUUUCUGAAAACUUCCUCCUCCCCAAGGCUUUAGCAUUUCUAUUUGCGUGCUGUUUUCUCUCUUGAGUAAGGGACGCGGGUGGCGCUGUGGGUUAAACCACAGAGCCUAGGACUUGCCAAUCAGAAGGUCGGCAGUUCGAAUCCCUGUGACGCGGUGAGCUCCCGCUGCUCGGUCCCUCUCCUGCCAACCUAGCAGUUCGAAAGCACAUCAAAGUGCAAGUAGAUAAAUAGGUACCGCUCCGGCGGGAAGGUAAACGGCGUUUCCGUGCGCUGCUCUGGUUCGCCAGAAGCGGCUUAGUCAUGCUGGCCACAUGACCCGGAAGCUGUACGCCGGCUCCCUCGGCCAGUAAAGCGAGAUGAGCGCCACAACCCCAGAGUCAGCCAUGACUGGACCUAAUGGUCAGGGGUCCCUUUACCUUUAUGUCUAAACCCCAGAGCCUAGGACUUGCCGAUCAGAAUGUCAGUGGUUCGAAUCCCUGCAAUGGGGUGAGCUCCCGUUGCUCGGUCCCUGCUCCUGCCAACCUAGCAGUUCGAAAGCACCUCAAAGUGCAAGUAGAUAAAUAGGUACCAGUCCGGUGAGAAAGUAAACGGCAUUUCCAUGCGCUGCUCUGGUUCGCCAGAAGUGGCUGAGUCCUGCUGGCCACAUACCCGGAAGCUGUACGCCGCUCCCUCGGCCAAUAAAGCGAGAUGAGCGCCGCAACCCCAGAGUCGGCCACGACUGGACCUAACGGUCAGGGGUCCUUUUACCUUUACUUCUCUCUUGAGUAGUGAUAGUUUAUCGGUUUUUCAAGGAUGGCCAAAGGCAUUUGAUGUAGAGCCUCGAAAGGUACCCAGGAUAAAAGUGUUCUCUAUUUCCCACUCCCUUCCCUUCCUGCAAAAAUAAAAAUCCUGUUUUCAUUUCACAAAUUCGCCACCCACCCCUGCAAAAACUGUGGACUUCGCCAGAUACCGAUGUUAUAAAUAUGAAAUUGGGAACUGCUAAAUAUGUCAUAUGAUAAAAUCCAGAUCGGAAGGUGUCCAGGAAGUCUUUCAGCAAUGUAAAUAUACCGGGGAAUAAGAAGAAAAGAAAUCUUCUUUUAUUUUGUGUGUUUUUAUUGUUGUUAAGUUUUUAUGUUGUGUCAAAUGUAAUGCUUUUCUUUUGUGAUUUUGUCUGUGUGUUAUGAGAGAAAACUAAUAAUUUGGGGGGGGGCCGGAAACUGUAGACGUCACCUUGCAGUCCGUCUAGCCCAGAAAUCAGGGGUGGAACAUUUGGAAAGAAAUAAAUCAAAGUGUUUGCGGGGGUGAAUUUGCACCCGCUGAUUCCCCCCCCCCCGGAUCCUCCAUUCAAUUUCACUUGUGGAUUUGAAAGCAGAUCCCUGCAUGUGGGGAUAGUUUUGCAAAAUGAAACGUUUAUUUCUGGGUGGUUUUGUUCCUCCGUUUCACAAAUAUUAUUUUAAAUUAAAAAAAUAAACAAAUCUCUUUUUCUUUCUCUCCCUCCUCUCCACUCUCUGUUCCCAUCCCUUCCUCUCCUCCUCUUUGUCGGUGUGGAAUAAUUAUAAUAAAAAGGACGGACUACGAUUGAAUCUGGGGGGAAUAUGA